AUUAAAAUAGAGCGAAGCUGGAGAAAAGAAAGCCAUUUGUUCAUAGAAUUACAGGGAGGUUGCGGUCGAAGCAGAUGCCGCCGAAUAUUGUCCAUGACGCCGAUGGGUUGCCCAGGGUUAUAUUGACGGAGUCUGGCGGAUCAUCUGCCGAGGUUCUCCUUUAUGGUGGCCAAGUUGUGUCUUGGAAGAAUGAACGUAAGGCAGAACUGCUGUUUAUGAGCAACAAGGCUAUUUGGAAACCACCUAAAGCCAUCAGGGGAGGAAUACCUGUCUGCUUUCCUCAGUUUGCUAAUUUUGGAUCCCUAGAACAGCAUGGAUUUGCUAGGAACAGAUUGUGGUCAUUAGAUAGUAACCAUUCUCCUUUACCUCCAACUAACAGCCAGUCUUCUGUGGAUCUCAUUUUGAAGUCCACAGAAGAGGAUCUGAAAACAUGGCCACGCAGUUUUGAGUUGCGGCUUCGUAUUUCACUCAGUGCAGGCAAACUUACUUUGAUCUCUCGAGUGCGGAAUACUGAUAACAAGGCAUUUUCCUUUACGUUCGCUAUGCGUAAUUACUUAUCUGUAUCAGAUAUAAGUGAGGUGCGUGUGGAGGGGUUGGAGACACUUGACUACUUUGAUAAUCUGAUGCAGAGAGAGAGGUUCACGGAACAGGCUGAUGCAAUUACUUUUGAUGGGGAGGUCGACCGAGUGUAUUUGAGCACACCAACAAAGAUUGCCAUCAUAGACCAUGAGAAGAAAAGGACCCUUGUACUGAGAAAGGAGGGCCUGCCAGAUUCUGUUGUGUGGAACCCAUGGGACAAGAAAGCUAAAGCUUUGCCAGAUUUUGGGGAUGAAGACUACAAAACCAUGUUGCGCGUGGAUUCGGCUGUUGUUGAAAACCCAAUUGUCUUAAAACCCUUUGAAGAAUGGAAGGGUUGCCAAGAACUGUCCAUCGUCUCAUCAAGUUAUUGCAGUGGGCAAUUGGAUCCGAGCAAGGUUCUUUAUGGUUUUAGCUGAUCCUUUGCUCAAGGGUUCACAGAGGCUUUUGUGUAAUGUAUUUUAAUUCUCUUAUUUGAUGGGAAAUAUACAUGCUGUUGUUUUUUUGCGUUUUAGUUCUACGGUAGUAGGUCUCGAAAGUCACUUUAAAUGACAAAAUCAGUCAAUCUAUUUUAUGUAACCAGCUUUCAGGGUCACAGGGUUGAAGCAACAGAGGUUUCCAUCAGCAUGUCCAUGUAGUUGUGGGGAGAAAGCAAUGUAAACUUUGAAACCUCAUGUUACAAUGAUAAGAGUGU